AUGGGCUAUCUCUCCUCCCUUCUACCCAGCGGAAAGGUUUCCUUCCACUAUGCGCCAAACGUUCUCCAGCUAGCACUUAAACGCUCAGCAUCCCUUGCCACCUCAUCCACCUCACCCAUUCAACAAGACACAAAAGAAGUCACACAAGAUGAAAAAGACCAAGACCAACCCUACAUCUCCCUCGCAGAACUUUGCGAAACCUCCACCCCUAAGAAAUGCCAGUUAAACCCACUCCUCUUCAACGGUCACCUCCAAACAGCUUACACAGCCGUUAAAAGUGACGACAUCCCCGUUUACUACAAACGUUGGACCUUCCAGUCCAACAGUGCAGCUUACAGGGGCACCUUCGAUGUCGACUUCGUCGUCCCGCCCUAUGAAAUCUCGCUAACCGAAGAUACGAACCGUGGCACCCAGGAGACGAUAAGUAAGUCACCCAAGAAUGCCGCUCCGCCUCCCCAUCUCCUCCCGCCCCGCACCACCUUCUUCACAGAAGAGGAGUUCGCCUCGCUCCCCUCCACCACAGACACAACUCCUAUGCUGGUGGUCUUGCACGGCUUAUCCGGCGGUUCGCAUGAGAUCUACCUCCGCCAUGUGAUUGCGCCGCUGUUCGAGGCUGGGUGGGCAGCAUGCGUGCUGAAUUUCCGCGGGUGCGCCAAGUCGCGCAUUACGAGUCCGAUUCUCUACAAUGCGCGCGCGACGUGGGAUGUGCGGCAGCUUGUGGGGUGGGUGAAAGAGGCGUUUCCGCAAAGGAGGCUGUUUGGGAUUGGGUUUUCGUUGGGGGCUAAUGUUUUGACGAAUUAUCUCGGUGAAGAGGGCGCAUCCUGCCCUCUCUCAGCCGCCGUCAUCUGCUCCAAUCCCUGGAAUCUAGAAGUCAGCUCAAAAGCGCUGAAGCGAACAUGGAUGGGAAUGGAAGUGUACUCCAAGACUAUGGGCAGUAAUAUGAAAAACCUGUUUGAACAGCAUGUCGACGAAAUCUCCAAACAUCCGGCUGUCAACGUUGAGCGAGUUCGAAAUAUUAAAUAUCUUCAUGAAUUUGAUAGAGAACUCCAAGGACCCGUAUGGGGUUACCCUACAGAAACCGCUUAUUAUCGUGACGCCUCCUCCAUCGACUCUAUAUUCUCCAUAAAGGUUCCAUUCUUCGCCAUCCAGGCAGAGGAUGACCCUAUCGCUGUUGGUGAAGCGUUACCAUAUGAGGAGAUCAAGCAGACACCGUAUGGCGUCAUGUGCACGACGUCCUGGGGCGGACAUUUAUCUUGGUUCGAAUAUGGGAGCACCAGGUGGUUUACGAAGCCGAUAACAACCUUUCUGACCAAAAUGGCAACUGAAAUCGACCUCGAUGCACCCUACAAUAUUGAACGUGCUGAUGCCCAAGAGAUAAAUCGAAAGACUCAGCAGCAAGACACUUAUGUUGACCCUUUGCCGAAAUUCUUUGCCAUGCGUCGGAAGAUGGACUUGCCGAUCGUGCAUUUCAUGGGGGUGCGGAAGAGUAUGGGGGCCGAAAGGGAUGAUUAA